AUGGAAGGCGGCGAACAGGUUCCCCCUUCGGCCACCGCCGCCGUCGUUAAUCCCACCACCUCGCCUCCUCCUCUCGUCGAUCCCGUCGGUGGUCCCGAUCUCGCCGUUGCGGAAACUGAAAUUCAUGCGCUGGUUUCUGACGAAGAGCACGGUCACGAGCAUGACCAUGACCACGAGCACGAGGACGAGCAUGACCAUGACCACCACCUAGAGGACCGCGAUCACGCCGCUGUGCCCGCUGUCUCCUUGGAGGAUCUCAAGCUCAAGAUCAUUAAGCAGGUGGAGUAUUACUUCAGCGAUGAAAACCUGCCAAAUGAUAAGUAUCUGUUGGGUUUUGUCAAGCGGAACAAGGAGGGGUUUGUUCCUGUAUCAGUAAUUGCUUCUUUUAGGAAAAUAAAGAAGCUCACUCGAGAUCAUGCAUUUAUUGUUGCUGCUCUGAAGGAGUCUUCACUGCUUGUUGUCAGUGGUGAUGGGAAACGGGUCAAGAGGCUUAUUCCUCUUCGUUUCAGUGAAUCUAGAGAUCAUAAGUUAUAUACUGUUUUGGUAGAGAAUUUGCCAGAGGAUCAUUCAAAGAAGAACAUUCAACGAAUAUUCCAUGAAGCUGGAAAUAUAAAGAGGAUAACAAUUCAUGACCCGCAUUCUACUUCAGAGUCCACAAAACAUCUCAAGCAAGAAAUAUUAAUCAGUAAUAAGUUACAUGCUCUUGUGGAAUAUGAGACUAUUGAGGCCGCUGAGAAAGCUGUGGUUUUGUUAAAUAAUGAACAAGACUGGAGAAAUGGGAUGCAUGUUAAACUUCUCAAGCGUAUGGGAAAGUAUGGACACAAAAAACAAGUUUGGAAAGGAUCUAAUUCUGAGAAGAAUAGCUCAAGCCAUGUAUCUGAAGAAAUAGGAGAUGAGGAAAAUCAUGGUUCAAAUGAGCAUCAAGAAGAUACACACGAGGAAGAGGAUGGGGAGCAUCUGUCAAAGGAUAAAGGUGGGCAGAGGUAUAAAAAUCAAGGAAGAUCAAGAAAACAUAAACAUCGUGCUGGAAAUGGAAUGGGUCAUGGAAAUACACCAUCAAGUAAUGCUGCCGAAGUAUCUAAGCCACCUCCUGGACCAAGAAUGCCAGAUGGAACAAGGGGCUUCGCAAUUGGACGAGGUCGGCCUCGUGUCCCUGCUUCGAAUUAG